GGGCGGGCGGCGGGCGGGCCGCUCCGCUACUCGGUGCGGGAGGAGCUGCCGCACGGCGCCUUCGUGGGCAGCGUGGCGAGCGACCUGGGCGUGGAUCCGCGGCGGCUGGCGGCCAGGGGAGCGCGGAUCACCUCGGGCAGCGGCCGGCAGUACCUGGAGUUGGAGCUGGGCCGCGGGGCGCUGCUGGUGCGGGAGCGCAUGGACCGAGAGGCGCUCUGCGAGCUGAGCCCCUCCUGCUUCCUUAGCCUGGAGCUGGUCAUCGAGCAGCCCAUCGAGGUGUACAACGUGGAGGUGGAGGUGCUGGACAUCAAUGACAACGCGCCGCGGUUUCCCCGCCAGGAUUACCGGCUGGAGAUCAGUGAGUCUGCCGUGCCCGGGGCCCGUUUCCACAUUGAGAGUGCCCAGGACCCUGACGUGGGCACCAACUCCGUGCAGAACUAUCUGCUCAGCCCCAAUCGCCACUUUGCCCUGGACCUUAAAGGCUUCCAGAGUGGCAGCAAACUCCUGGAACUGGUGCUGCAGCAGCCGCUGGACCGGGAGCAGAGUGCCCUGCAGCAGCUGGUGCUGACUGCUGUGGAUGGUGGAGAUCCCCCCAGAUCCGGCACGGCCCAGAUCUCUGUGCGAGUUGUGGAUACCAAUGACAACCCACCUGCCUUUGACCGCUCCACCUACACCGUGAGCCUUCUGGAGAACUCCCUGCCUGGCACGCUAGUGGUCAAACUCAAUGCCUCAGACCCGGAUGAGGGCUCUAACGGGGAUGUGAUCUACUCCUUCGGCAGCUACACCCCCCAGAAGGUGAGACAGCUCUUUAGCGUGGACCCACAUUCAGGGGAGGUGCGGGUUAAUGGCACUUUAGAUUAUGAGGAGGCAUCCUCCUAUGAGAUCUAUGUACAAGCCACUGAUCAGGGCCCUGUCUCUAUGGCUGGGCACUGCAAGGUGCUGGUCAACAUUGUGGAUGCCAAUGAUAAUGCUCCCGAAGUGCAGCUGACCUCCCUGUACAGCCCAGUGCCAGAGGAUGCAAGGUCAGGAACUGUGGUGGCCCUGAUGAGUGUCACUGACCAGGACUCAGGGCUGAACAAGCAGGUAAGCCUGCGCAUUCCCCCCGGCCUCCCCUUCACUCUCAACUCCUUCAAGAACUCCUACACCUUGGUCACCCAGGGCAAGCUGGACCACGAGAAAGCAGCAGCCUACAACAUCACAGUUACUGCUACUGAUUCUGGGAGCCCCCCUCUGUCCUCCCAGAAGGUGAUCCAUGUGGAGAUCUCCGACAUCAAUGACAAUCCUCCACGCUUCGAGGAGCCUGUGUACUCAGUUUACAUCCCUGAGAACAACCCCCUCGGAGCCUUCCUGUGCACUAUUAAAGCCACUGACCCAGAUGUCGCCAAAAAUGCCUACGUGUCCUAUUCUCUGCUCGAUGGAGAGAUUGAAGGGCUACCAGUUGCUUCCUAUGUCUCCAUUAAAUCUGACAGUGGCAACAUGUAUGCUGUCAGAUCCUUUGACUAUGAGACACUGAGGGAGUUCCAGGUGAUUGUUCAGGCUCAGGAUGCUGGGGUCCCACCACUGAGCAGCACUGUCACUGUCUACAUCUACGUGGUGGAUGAGAAUGACCAUGCCCCACAGAUUCUGUAUCCUACCUCAACCAACACUUCCGCAGCCCUGGAGAUGAUCCCACGCUCAGCAUAUGCUGGAUAUUUGGUAACCAAAAUUAUAGCCAUUGAUGGGGACUCAGGACAAAAUGCCUGGUUGUUCUUCUACCUGGUGCAAACCUCAGAUCCGGGUUUGUUCAGGAUAGAGCUCCAUACUGGGGAGAUUAGGACUACUCGCAAGCUGGGUGAGGACAGCACACCCACUUUCAACCUGACGGUGGAGGUGAGAGACAAUGGAGAGCCAUCGAUGUCCUCAUCAGUAGCCAUCACUAUUGCUGUGGUGGACAGAGUUUCCAAAAUCAUCCCUGAUAGAAGAAGACACUUUAAAAGCCCAAGCAAUUACUCAGAGGUCACUCUUUAUCUCAUUAUCGCUUUGAGCGCCAUCUCCUUCGUUUUCCUUUUCACACUCAUUGGGCUUUCUAUCAUCAAGUGCUACAGAUACAGUCUGUAUGGGAGCUCCUGCUGUGCAGGGUGCUGUACUGUGAGAGAACGGAGCCCUGCUGAACUGUACAAGCAGGCCAACAACAACAUUGAUGCUAGAUUGCCCCAAGGUUUGAAAGUGCAGCCCCAUUUCAUUGAAGUGAGGGGCAAUGGGUCUCUCACUAAGACCUACUGCUAUAAGGCCUGCCUGACUGCAGGAUCAGGAAGUGACACUUUCAUGUUUUACAAUACCUGUGGCCCAACAGGAACUACUGGUCCCUCUGCAGUGGUGACUGAGAGGCAUCUGACAGGACAAAGUGGGCAGAGUGCACAAAACCUCAUCAUACUUAGAAAUGACUCCAUUACUCCUAAUGAGCCAAAACACCCCAACCCGGACUGGCGCUACUCUGCAUCCCUGAGGGCAGGAAUGCAAAGUGCUGUGCAUAUGGAGGAGGCAGGUGUCCUGCGUGGAGGAGCAGCAGGGCCUGACCAGCAGUGGCCAACAGUCUCCAGUGCUACAGCAGAACCUGAGGCGGGAGAGGUGUCCCCCCCAGUGGGAGCUGGUGUGAACAGCAACAGCUGGACCUUUAAAUUCGGACCGGGCAAUUCCAAACAAGGUGGUCCUGGUGAGUUGCCAGACAAAUUCAUUAUCCCAGGAUCUCCUGCAAUCAUCUCCAUCCGGCAGGAGCCACCCAACAGCCAAAUUGACAAAAGUGACUUCAUAACCUUUGGCAAGAAAGAAGAGACCAAGAAAAAGAAGAAAAAGAAGAAGGGAAACAAGACUCAGGAGAAAAAAGAAAAGGGCAACAGCACCACUGAGAACAGUGACCAGUGAGGGAGUUAUACUGAAAAAACCCUCUUAGCCAGUUUUUGUAAUAAUGGCAGAUUUCUCCUAUGUAGCAAAUCCCAACUUCUUCCUAUUGUUAACAAAUUUCCUGUAUGUACAGACUUGAGAAAAUCAGCAGGAAAUUCAGUGUCUGUCUAAAUUGCUUAACAGGUUUUGUCUUAAAAGCUUUAUUAAGUCUGGUGUUAACUCUUUUUCUCCACUCUGGCUUGUUUUCAGAAUCUAAAAAGCAGACACAAGUUUCCUUUCUCCUACGCCGAAAAGGAGAAUCUUCACAGUACAGCCAGUGAGAGGUUGGACUCUGCACUGUGGUUCCUGUGCUCCUGUCUUGAUGACACUUACAGGACAGGUUUAAAAGUUUUAAUGUUGUGCACCCUCUAUCUGAUUGGAAAUAUUUGUGUGCAGAUGUCAGCUAGGUGAUAUGAGAUCAGAUUAUAAAAUGCAAGAAGAGCUGGUAAAUAUGCAACAGAGGAAACACCUAAUGAACACAAAUGUUCAAAGAUGUUCAGGCUGGGGAGAAAAUGUCUGAAAGAGAGAUGAGCAGACUUAUCAAAUCCUGAGAAGUCACUGUGUGGAAAUACUGACUCCUAUACAUGACGUAUUGUACACACUGCUUCAAAUGAAACCUCACAUUUACAGCUCUUUAAGACACCAUAAAUUCUAUCUCUUUACCAAGCAAGCCAUUGGAAAAAUUGUCCCUUAAAGCCCUGCAUUACCCUGGUAAGGCUAGCCCUCAGAGAGUAACAAGGGCUGGGCUGACAUCCCAGGAAUGUAACUGUGAUGCUCUGUGUCCCUAUUUCCACAUUAUUUUGCACAUUAUGUCUCUGAAAAGGUCAGAGUUUUUCCACGACACUUAUGCAAAAGAGAGAAAAAAAGUAACAUUAACUAUGCUAUUUGUUAUUUGAGAUAUUUAUUUAUAAAGAAAUAUAGCUGUAAAUGUUAAAGAAAUAUGAUGCCCUUUAACCCAAACAGAAGUCAAUCUAGAGCCAUUAUAAAUUACAAUUGCUGCUAUUAAAGUGCUUUAGAAAAAUUGCCUGAACCAUCUGUAUUAUAUCGGCCACUUGCCAAUCACAGCUUUAUUCUGUCGGGUGACUUGGGGGCUGCCUCUUGCAUGUGUUAAUAAAUACAAGAAUAUCUUCUCUUUCUUUUUUGCAUUAUUCUGCACUUUGAAUACACCUUUGCAAACAAACUGUCCUAAUAUGAAGAAGCAGAAGCAAACUCCUCACACAGAUGGAUUUACUAACCUGCUAGCUCUGUGCAGUACCUUGGUGUGACCUCCCACACGACCUUUUCUGAUUUUAGUUUUACUUUUCUAUGAGAUUAUGAAUUCCUGACCCUACUAACACUCCUUAUGUAAAAUUCAAGUACUGUAUGUAUGCUGUAUGCUCUUAUAAGAAUCCUGAAAUAUUUAUUCUGUGCUUGUGUAUGUGAAUGUCAAUGCAACUAUUAUUAGAGUGGACUUUAAGCUUUACUGUUGAAUGUAAAUUCAUUAUUUCUUUUUUGUACACUUGUGGAAAAGUGGAGUAGUGUUAAUUUUUUAAGCCACUGUUGAUUAUCAGUUUUUUUUUGUGUAUGAAACACAAGUAAAAUAUCUUUCUUAAACCAA